CCUGUAAUUUGGUAACAAAGUGGGCCACUUUGAGUUAGAGGAUGGAGAAAUCUAGUUCAGAUUUGAGGUUAGUUAAACCCACACACAAAUACAGAAAAGCCUGUCUGCCUCCUAAGCCUCAACUCUAAAACCCCCUCCACCCCCCCCUCUCCAUUCUAAGAGAUUAAACAAGCCAGACUACAUCUUCUGUUACAGACACCCAGAAACUGCUUAUGCUCCUCAACAAAGCCCAUUUGGUGUCUCUAUGCUGCCGAGUCCUCUUCGCAAACUUGCCCGUGAAGAAUUUGUAUCUUGUUUCCUCAUCAAUUUCCGACUUUCAUAUUACAACAGCAAAUAUAAUUGUGAUAUAGGCCCUUUUAAAGUUGAUAUUGGCAACAGAAGAAACUACUCAAGCCAGGUUUUAUUGAAUCCAUUAGGUGAAGAGCAACCUGUAAAUUCUCAAAUCUAUAAUCAUUCCUGUACCAGAGAUUCAAGCAGCCCUUAUACAUCGAUUCUCCAAUCCAGUAGUCUUCAGCACAGGUUCAAAAAAUGGCAAGAUCAAAGAAAGCGUAAACUGACGGCAAGCACUUUCAGUGGGGCUAUUGGUUUUUGGCGUGGUAGGCGAGUCCAGCUCUGGUUAGAGAAACUUGGUGCAAAAGAACCAUUUUAUGGUAACGUGGCUAUCUGUUGGACCAAUGCCAAAGAAGAGGAAGCGCUUGAAAGAUAUAAGUUGAUUACAGGAAAUACAAUUUUGUUUCCCAGAUUUCAGGUCUAUGGUAAGAACAACUUAAAAGAUGACUGGCUUGCAGCUUCACCUGAUGGGAUAAUUGACAAGUAUUAUGGGUUGAAUUCCAGAGGAGUGUUAGAAAUAAAGUGUCCAUUUUUUAAUGGAGAUAUGAAAAGGGCUUCACCUUGGAAGCGGAUCCCCCUUUAUUGUAUUCCACAAGCUCAAGGUUUAAUGGAAAUACUGGACAAGGAUUGGAUGGAUUUAUAUGUUUGGACUCCUAAUGGAAGCAGUCUAUUCAGGUUAUACCGAGAUGAGGCAUACUGGGAUGCUUUGAAAAUAGCACUUUCUGAUUUCUGGUUUAACCAUGUCCUACCAGCAAAGGAGUUGUGCAGUAAAAAUGUGAUAACAGAUCCCCUGAAGGAAUUAGGAUCAUUGAAGCCUGCGCCUAGGCAUGAAUUGUAUAGAUAUAUAGUUUAUGAAAGUAAACAUGCUGUUGAUAGCUCUCACUUACUGAUGCGCGAAAUUAAUGGGCACCUUCAAAAUUGAUGCAAUUGGACUUGAUGAGCCGAGGCAUUUCGCUACAGUUUGACUAGUUAACUUGUGUGUAUUGCAUCUUCUUCACUCCAGAAUCUUCUUCUUCUUCUUCUUUUUCCCUAUUAAAUAGAAGAACUACGAAAUUUGGCCCAAAAGCUAGGAACAAGGUUAAGUAGUUUGAGUGGAGCCAGAUUAGAGAAACUUGGGUUGUUAACAGCAGCUUGUCAACUGUGGUAUGAAGAUUUGGUGGCGAGUCUUCUCUGGACAGACACUCAAACAGAGGCACACAUUGAGAGAUGGGAGUUACCAGAUGGCUACAUUUAUACUGCAAAGGAAGUUUUAUACCAUGGCUGGAAGGUUGCUAAACUUUUCUUGAGGAUCAAAUGGCUCAGAGAAUCAUCAGUGCUGAAGGCACCCUUUGUUUUGCCAACAGAUAAGUCAUCCUUGAUGAUUUCUAUUCCUUCCCUGCUCAACCGCCUCUCAUUGCCAUCUGAAAGCUUCAAAAGAUUUGUUGAAUGCUCCUGUUCGGAUGUCAUUUCAUAAUCCUCAUGAAAGCCUGAUAUAUAUGUGUGAUAUCUUAGUGCAUUAAUGGAAGUGUACUUGUAUCAGUGUCAGUUUCUUGCUACCUUGAAAUCACUUGAUUUACCAAAAUAACAGACAAAACCAUUGGAUUAUGAAGGGAUUUAAUAUGCAUUUGCUUAAACAUGGUAACCAAUCAAACAUUGAGUCUUAGAUAAUUUAAUGCAAGUGUCAUCCUUGAUCUCUACCAAAAUGAAUUUAUGCGAGAUAGAGAGUCUCCAUUUCUUGUGUCAUAAAUUGCCAAUCUAGUAUGACAUAGGGUAGCCAUUUGGUUAGAAAUUUGAUACAUGACAGUGAUAGGAUAAAAUGGGAUCCUGAUUUUUGGUGUUAGGACUUCAAUGUUAUUACAUGUUGAGAACUAAUAAACUGCAUGCAAGAGAGGUGUGAGCAUUUUACAGUGAUUGCAAAGUAACCACUAGAGGAAUAUAACAACACCACCCCCCCCCCCC